GAAGAAAUGACGCUUGAAACAGAUGAAAGAAAAGAGUUAAAGAGGAGUCAUGGGAGCUGAUGAGAAAGUUCUGAAAACAUAUGAUGAAGUUUCUUUGCAUAAUAGUCCUAAUGAUUGUUGGGUAAUCAUAAAUGCUAAGGCAUACAAUGUGACUAACUUCCUAAUUGAUCAUCCUGGUGGUGAUGAAGUCUUGUUGACAGCAGCAGGCAAGGAUGCAAGUGAAGAGUUUGAAGAAGCAGGACAUGGGAGUGCAGCAAGAUUGAUGCUAGAUGAAUUCUAUGUGGGAGAAAUUGAUCCUUCCACAAAAACUACUAGUUCUACAACCACCACUUCAUCAACAAAGUUUCUUCAAAAGCAGAUUAAAAUUGAUCAUUAUCAAGGCAAGUCAUCCAGGCUAAAUGUAAAGCUUAUUUUUCAGUUUUUGGUGCCAAUUGCAAUAUUGGGGUUGGGCAGUACUCUACUUAGGUUCUGGAAUUGAAAGGAAGAAUAAAUUUAAGUGUAUUUGGUUUUUCAUUUUCACAUUUGUGCCAUUUCAUGUGCAAUACUCUUGUUCUAGCUACUCUUGACAUGUAUAUUUUUCUUUUUCCUUGGAAAAACUAGCCUCUAUUAAACAAUUAAAGAAACAACAUGGUAUGAGCUUCCAAA